AUGAAGCCUCAGACCAGAAAUAUGGUGGUGCGAAUGGAUCCAGGCACAUUCUUCUACAACUUUUACGAUAGACCCAUCCUUUCUCAUUGGAACACCGUCUGGCUGUGCUACAAAGUGAAAAUGAAAACAAACGACCGCUCAAGGCCUCCUUUGGUUGCAAAGAUCUUUCAAGGCCAGGUCUAUUUGAAGCCUCAACACCACCCAGAGAUGAGAUUCCUCCAUUGGUUCUGAAAGUGGAAGCCGCAUAGUGACCAGGAGUACGAGGUCACCUGGUUUGUGUCCUGGAGCCCCUGCCCAGUGUGUGCAAGGAAUGUGGCCGAGUUCCUGGCUGAGGACAGGAAGGUCACCCUGACCAUCUUCGUGGCCCACCUCUACUACUUCUGGGACCCACAUUACCGGGAGGAGCUUCAAAGACUGUGUCAGAGGAGAGACAGUCCUCAUGCCACCAUGAAGAUCAUGAGUUACGGUGAAUUUCAACACUGUUGGGACAAGUUCGUGGACAACCAAAGAUUGUACAAGCCUUGGAAUAAGCUGCCUAAACAUUAUACAUUACUGCACAUCACACUGGGGGAAGUUCUCAGACACCUGAUGGAUCCAGGCACAUUCACUUACAACUUUACCAACGACCCUUCGGUCCUUGGAUGGCACCAGACCUACCUGUGUUACAAGGUGGAGCACCUGCACAAUGGCACCUGGGUCCCGCUGCACCAGCACAGGGGCUUCAUACUCAACGAGGCUUCAAAUAAUCCUGGUUUCCCUGAAGGCUGCCAUGCAGAGCUGUGCCUCCUGGACCUGAUUUCCUUUUGGAAGCUGGACCUGGCCCAGCGCUACAGGGUCACCUGCUUCAUCUCCUGGAGCCCCUGCUUCAGCUGUGCUGAGAAGGUGGCUGAAUUCCUUCAAGAGAACCCACACGUGAACCUGCGCAUCUUCGCUGCCCGCAUAAAUGAUCGUCAACGAGGGUAUAAAAAGGGCCUGCGCAGGCUGGACAGAGCUAGGGCCCCAAUUUCCAUGAUGAAAUACGGUGAGUUUAAGCACUGCUGGGACACCUUUGUGGAUCACCAGGGACACCCCUUCCAGCCAUGGAAGGGACUAGAUGAGCACAGCCAAGGCCUGAGUGGGAGGCUGCAGGCCAUUCUCCAGGGAAACUGA